AUGUCGUACUUCUCGGCUCCUGUCGAACUAUCUGCUGACUCUUGCCCUGGCCAAGACAUUGAAGGCUCAGCUGGAUUUACUUGGCAACAUCAAUCACUCAACCGGCCAAAGUUGAGCACCGCUAGCAGGAAACGGACGAUGGAAGUGCCUCCAAGUCCUGCCAAGCCUUCUCCGCCAAAGUUAACCAUUCCAACUAAUGAAAGCUCAAACAAAGUUUCGGAAGGACUCCCUAUAUUGCUCGGUGAACUUGAGCCUAAGUGCGGCUUGCGUGACGGCAAACCAACACACGCCGGAACUAUGGCAAAUGGUCAAGACCAAAGCCGUCCGCCGUCGACAAGCUCUUGUGGUGACUUAGAAGUGCCUUACCGUGUUACACAAAGGGAGGCUCAUUUUCCAGCAGAGAAUGUACGUCAUGAACCAAAUCGUCGACCGGAAAUGUCUUUUGAUGCAACCGGCUAUGAUGGAGGUUAUGACCACCGGUCUCGGUCUCGUACGAGCAACAUGUCCAGAAAGCGAAGCAGUGUGAAUAAGCACCGAUCAAAACCAGACCCUGAGCGAAAGAGAGUCCUCAUGCAUCAGGUAGCCCAGUAUUGGAACGAAUGCAUCAGUAUAGCAGAAGAAGAAAAGGCCCAAGCUAAGCUGGAAAUAGACCACUUACGGGAGAACAUUCGUGAACAGAACAUGAAGUUGCAAGAAGCUCGCCAGCAGUUGGACGGAGAGAGGGCUGAGCGCCAAGACAUUGAGACAAAGCUGAUGGCCGCCACCGAGGAAAUUACAAAAGCCGAGCUCGAAAAUUCGACACUAUCACAAGAAUCUAAGGCGACCAAGGAAGCGUUUCGCACAUCUAAAGAACGGGCUGCUGUUCUAUCUGAGAAGUCAAAGACAUAUCGCACAAAGCUCAACGAAGCUAUUUUGGAGCAGCAGCGUCUAUUUCUUCAAGCCAAAGAGUUUUAUCAGGAUUCUAUCAAAAGCCUUCGGCAGGAAAAUGAAACACGACAAGCUGAAGCAAAGUCUAUCGAAGCAGCUCUGAAGGAGUGCCACCAGAAAAGAGACAAGAUGAGGCAGUAUAUGGACGAAUUACGCAUUGGCCUACAAGGAGAAAUUAAAGCCCAAGCUCAACAAAUCUCGUUGCUUCAGGGCAAACUGUCCAUCCUGGAUGAGGCUCUAGUUGCCGAAAAGCGAACUUCAAGCAAUUUGCGUAGGCAAAUCAGUUGUCUGAAGCCACUCGAAGGUAUUGAUAUCCCAGCUUUGAUGAAAACAAUUGAGUUGCUGCGGAAGUCGAUAUCUACGAACGCCGUAGAUCAUUCGCAGCAGCUCGAUUGGUCUGGCAAUGUUUGCAGCAGGUUACAAAAUCUUGAAGAGCUGGUCCAAAGGUCCUUGCCUCAAACCGCGAAUGAGAGUGAUGUUGGCUCACUAGUUCAACGUCUUCAUGACCUAGUUUCAACAGAUGUAUGGUCUGCACUUGUAGAUAUCGGAAACGCCCAGAGCUGUACAUAUGCGACGCUCGUAGGAACCAAAAAGGAAUGUCAAGCCGAACUCAGUGUCAUACGAGGUGCCCUGAGCGACUUGUCUCAGCAGCAGACAGAUAUUCAAGAACAAGACUCUGUCAGAAGCAAUGGUUCCGCUGAGAAACUCAGUACCAUGCAACAAGAAGUUAAUACGACCCGGCAACUCGUUGAUAAAAUGAACCAAAACAUUACUGUGUGGGUUGCCGAAGAACGAAAGGCAAUGGAUGAGGAGCGCGAAUCAUGGAAAGAAGAAGUCAGUGACCACCGUACUGACCGAAAAGAAGGAGUCGAGGAUCUAAAGAAACUUUUGCACGAGGCCGGUGUUGCUUAUCUUUCGAAGUUUGAUUCCUUCACCAAAGGAGUAAGUGCCAGAGACGACGCGUCGAAAGUCGUAAUGCAGCAAAUGAUUGAGAACUUUCGUUCUACCCUGGAUCAGCGCCUACAGACAGAACAGUCAAAGGCAGAGAAUGAAGCAAAGGAAACUCAAAGGGCUCUCAUUGACCUCCAAGAUCAGAUCGGCGUCAUGCGCGAACAGCUGGAGCACAAGGAUCAGGAAAUGCCAACCCAGGACGUUUCCAGUGACCACAAUACGCAAGAAGACGAAACAGCAUCUUUGAGAGAAAGAAUUCUACAGUUGGAAAAAGAGGUCUCUAAAACAAAUGACCUUCGGAUGAGAUGGCAUACUGAUAUUGAGACGGUGGACUCCAUCAGAACAAAGCUGAAGAGCCUUCAGCACCUGCCCUCACAGGUAAAUGCCUAUAACGAGCAGUUAGCAACAAUAUUGCAACUCAGCAAUCUGGUUGAUGCUACCUCCUGUAGCCUAGUUGAACACGAUACCUGGGUACAGCAACAGUUGGGAGCUAGCCACGGCAAAGUCGACACCAUUGUGGUGACUCCGCCUGGGACUGCAAUGCGGUCUCACUCUACGGAAUCAAUUAAUGUGAACAACCCUACCGAUACUUUCGGCGGCGAAACAAGAAAUGGAACCACGGAUGAUUUGCCUGGUACAUCCAACCAAAACCGCUCAGAUAUUGGGUCUAGGAGAGUCCAGGAGCAAAAACGCCGGAGGGUUCCUGUGUCUGUCCGGCCCAUCUUAAAGGUAAGCAGUCUGUCGUCGUCGCAAGAAUCGACUGUUAUGCAUCAGUCGACUGCUGAAACAGAGACGGAGCUAGGACCAGUUCAAGAAAGCAGUAAGCCGGUCGCGACCAUGGGCAAUGCAAACAUGUCCAGUCAUCGAAGUAUGCUAGCCGAGAUUUCUUCUGGGUUCAUUGUAGAUAAGUCGGACGUGAAUGCGUUCACCUUACCGAGAAUUACAGACUUCCAGCAUGGGGGUACGAUUCAGGAAAACCCGACCUCGCCCAAUAAGCGGAAGAGAGAAGUGCGUGGCUACGACGAGCCAAGUCUGAAACGAGUCAAGAUGCUCAAAAAUUUGAAGAAAAGACAAGCUAUAGAGCCUGAAGGAUAG